ACCGAUGCUUCAACCUUUGCAAGCGCGACCGGACCCUGCAACGACUAUCAUACUCUUACCUCCUAGCCAUCUUGAAGCUUCCAGCUUUCCCACACAAAAUCACUUACCGGAUCUCAAGGUGAACCUAGGUACAAUACCGUAAGACCUCCGGAAAAAUCAGCGAUAAGAAAAGCCUUUGACCUGAAUCAUGUCUGCCUCCAAAAGCUUCGUCUUCGUCACGGGAAAUGCCAACAAGCUGAAAGAAGUCCAGGCGAUCUUGGCAGCGGGGACGAGCGGGAUCUCGGUAACGAACCAGGCUGUCGACCUACCGGAAAUUCAGGGGACAACGCAACAGGUAGCCAUUGCCAAAUGCAAAGCCGCUGCCAAAGAGCUCGGAACCGCCGUCGUGACGGAAGACACGGCAUUAUGCUUUGAGGCGCUCAACGACCUGCCUGGACCGUAUAUCAAGGACUUCCUCGGCAAGCUGGGACACGAAGGUCUCCAGAAACUAGUCCAGGGGUUCGAGACCGACCGAGCCUACGCUCUCUGUACGUUCGCUUAUAGCAACCCCAGCCCGUCCGGGUCGGGAGAACCCGAGGUCAAGCUCUUCGAGGGCAAGACGUACGGCCGGAUCGUAGCUCCUCGCGGUCCGAGGAAUUUCGGGUGGGACUGUUGUUUCGAGCCGGAAGAGGGAAACGGAUUGACGUACGCUGAGAUGAGGGGCGAGGAGAAGAACAAGAUCUCUCAUCGAUAUCGAGCACUGGAACAGCUCAAGGACUACCUGGCUUCCCAGUGAUAAGAGGUUGUAAAAGAAUCAUGUCAACGCUACAAGUAUAGAGACCAAAUCAUUCAUCGUCA